AAGGCUUUAAAGGCAAAUUUUUCAAAGUUAAAUAUAUAUUCUUUUUGCUAGUUAGCCAUUUCACGGCAAACUGAUCAUAACAUGCUUAGAAUGAGCAGUAUGCAUAGCACCAUAUCCUUCAGCUUUAGAUGUUCAAAUCUCAUCAUUUUUUUAAUAUUAGUGUGCUUGUUAGGGUUUCCAUAUGUGCAAUUUGCCAAACUCGGCCUGGCCACUGAAGUUUCCAGCAUCACAUGCAUUGAUACAGAGAGGAAAGCUCUUCUCGCCUUCAAACAAAGUCUCACUGAUCCUUCAGGUAGACUUUCUUCUUGGACAGGUCAAGAUUGCUGCCAAUGGAGUGGCAUCGGAUGCAACGACGUGUCAGGACAUGUCGUCAAGCUCGACCUCAGGAACCUAUUUCCAUCCAGCAGCGAAGGUAUUGCUUCAACGGCGCAAGGUAAUAUGACAGCCUAUGAAAGGUCGUUCUUGGGAGGUGAGAUAAACCCUUCUUUGCUUGAAUUGAAAUACUUGAAUUAUUUGGAUUUAAGCCAGAAUGGUUUUGAAGGAAUUCCCAUUCCCAAGUUCUUUGGCGCGAUCAAGAACUUGAGGUAUCUCAAUCUCUCUUUUGCAUCAUUUGCGGGAGAGAUUCCACCUCAUAUUGGGAAUCUGUCGAGCCUGAAUUAUCUUGAUCUCUAUGCGGAUUCAUUGAUAAAUCUGGGCAUGUGGGAAUUAAGCUCUGCAAGCUUGCAGUGGCUCUCAGGUCUCUCUUCUUUGACAUAUCUUAACAUGGGACAAGUGAAACUCAGUGAUGUUGGAACAGAUUGGCUGCAGGCAGUUAAUAUGCUUCCUAACCUCAUCGAGUUGCACUUGCAUUCGUGUGAUCUUCAGAGGCUUCCGUUUUCGCUCCCAUUCGUGAACUUCACCCGGCUUUCAAUCCUUGAUAUCUCAGGAAAUUCCAUCAACUCGUCAAUACCCACCUGGUUGUUUAACCUUACAAGCCUUACAAAACUUGAUUUCAACGGGAAUUCUUUCAGUGGUGCCAUGCCCAGUGAAUUUGUGAACUUGAUGUCUCUAGAAUACCUUGAUUUGUCUAGUAAUGGGAAUAUUGGAGGCCGAAUACCAAGUUUUUUGGGAAAUCUAUGCAAGUUAAAAAAUUUAGACCUUUCUGGAAACAAUUUCAGUGGUGAGAUUGUCGAAUCCUUUGGUGGAUUCUCGGGUUGUCCCAACAGCAUCCUAGUAUCACUAGACCUGAGUGCUAACCAACUUGAAGGGGAAUUGCCUGAUUCAUUAGGAACACUGGAGAAUCUGCAACGGCUUGACCUCAGUUCGAACUCUUUUUGGGGCUCGAUCCCAGCAACCAUAGGAAGUUUGUCAGCCUUGCAAGAAAUGGACCUCUCUUUCAAUAGCAUGAAUGGAACCAUUCCUGAAAGUUUCGGACAACUCUCAAAGCUUGUCCAUCUUUAUCUCAUGUCUAAUCCUUGGGAAGGUGUUAUUACAGAAGUCCAGUUGAUGAAUCUCACAAGACUAGAACAUGUCAUAGUAAGAACAAGCACAAUCAAGUCCUUGAUUUUAAAUGUGACAUAUGAAUGGAUACCCCCUUUCAGACUCAAGUCACUUGAACUGGAAAACUGCCUAGUAGGUCCCACAUUUCCGAUGUGGCUUCAAGUUCAAAGUGAAUUGACCUCUGUGACACUAAAAAAUGUUGGGAUUGAAGACAUCAUACCUCAGGAAUGGUUCUCCACGAUAUCUUCUCAACUUACCUAUUUGGACCUCUCUAACAAUGGAAUCAAGGGGACAUUGCCGCACCAGUUAGAAUCUCCAAAUAUAAAUGCUAUUGACUUGAGUUAUAAUCGUUUUGAGGGACCUCUCCCACUCUGGUCCACUAAUGCACCUCACUUUUAUCUUCAGAGCAAUUUAUUUUCAGGGCCCAUUCCAACAAAUAUUGAUGAAUUAAUGCCGCAAUUGGAGUAUCUGUAUUUCUCGGAGAAUCGUCUCAAUGGUACGAUCCCAUCAUCAAUAUGUACAAUGAAGGGUUUACAAGUACUUUCCCUCAGGUCCAAUCAAUUAUCCGGGGAGCUCCCUCAGUGUUGGAAUGAAUCUCAACCCUUGUGGGUCGUGGAUGUGGCAAACAAUAAUCUAUCUGGUAAUAUUCCAAGUUCAAUGGGUUUCCUAGGUUCUCUCAAUAUAUUAAUGCUGAGCAAUAAUAGUCUAGAAGGAGAAAUUCCUCCUUCUUUGCAGAAUUGCUCAUUAGCGAGCAUUGAUCUUGGAGACAAUAGAUUAUCAGGAAACCUACCCCUGUGGAUAGGAGAGAAUGCAACAUUCUUUUGGAGGAUUCGAUUGCGGUCUAACUCAUUCAGCGGAAACAUCCCUCGAAAAUGGUGUAAUCUUCCAUUUGUUCACAUGCUAGAUCUUGGGCACAACAAUCUUUCGAGUGUUAUUCCAAACUGUUUGGACAAUCUGACUUCUUUGUUUUAUGGUAAUAGUAGCAAAAAUCAAAAGGACUUUUUUAGAAUCCGCCAGUACUACUACGAAGAACAAGCAACUGUUGUGGCAAAAGGAAGAGAACUUGAAUAUGGCAGAACUCUUGAAUAUGUCAAUAUCAUUGAUCUUUCAGGAAAUAGCCUAGUGGGUGAAAUCCCUGAAGGGAUAACAAGGCUCACUGCAUUGGGAACCUUAAAUUUGUCAAUGAAUCAUCUCGAUGGAUACAUCCCAAAGAACAUUGGGAAUUUGCGUUGGUUGGAGACUUUGGAUGUGUCAAACAACAACCUUUCGGGAACAAUUCCACAAAGCUUGUCUUCUUUGACCUUCUUGUCUCACUUAAAUCUGUCUCAUAACAACUUGACAGGGAGAAUUCCGUCAGGGAAUCAGCUCCAAACGCUCGAUGAUUUAUCUAUUUAUGAAGGUAACCCUUUACUCUGUGGCCUUCCUCUUCCAACCAAAUGUCCAGGUGAUGAUGAUAAAUCUACUGUACCUGCUCCCCAUGGAAGUUCAGAAGGCAUUCACAGUAAAAAUGAUUCCGAAAUGUUAUGGUUCUAUGUUAGCAUGGGAUUGGGAUUCGUUGUUGGGCUUUGUGGUGUUUGUUGCACUUUGCUGAUAAAAGAAUCAUGGAGGACAGCAUAUUUUCGAUUUGUAAGGAUUUUAUAGCUGAUAUAUCUGUAUCAGAUGGGGUUCUCGUCAAGAAAUAAGGUCGGAAAGAAACUGUGCGCGUGGAUUAGUAAUGUUGUAGCUGUAUUGUUCAUGAACACUUCAGCAGUACUAUUCAUGUAAUUAUGUUCUUGUUCUGUACUUUGUCGUGCAUUAUAUAGUAUGUUUGUUUUUCCCGUUUCUUUUCA